AUGUUGUUUUUCGGCAGCUUCCUCUACAUCGCGGUACUCCUGAUCAACGCCGUGGCCAUCCUCUCCGAAGACCGCUUCCUGGCGCGCAGCCCAAGCUCGGUCACUGGCAUAUCGGUAGCUGAACGAUUUUCUCUAGUCAACCUCUCUCCGGCAUCGUACGAUCCGGCCUUUGGCACCGGCGCAGAUGCGACCGUCAAGGCCAAGAUCAUCCAUUUAAUCGCUAGUAUUCGGACUAUUAUGAGGAGUGCGUUCCCCCCUCUUUCCCUGUUUCGUGUGCGACAAGUAGGCGCACCAUACUGA